AUGGUUAAUCGGCAAGCUUCUGAAGACUCGCAUGCUGGGCCGCCCAAUCCUGGUCACCAACGUAGGCCGAAUACUGGUUCAGGCGCGAAUGCAAGUAGCAUUGGAACCCCCACCUCGGUUUACGGACCCACUGAACUCGAGGCAUUGGCCCUCAAGCUCAAAGACCCCACGGGUGGUAUGUCGUCUCAACUGUCCUUCGAAGAGCCUCCCGGUGAUAAGUUUUGUUGGAUUUCCGUUCUAGAUAUGAAGACCAAGAUUCAUUUGGCGAUCGAGCUACGGGAGACGAUCGACCUUCAUCAGAGAGAGAUGGAAUUCAGCAAACAUCUCGAGGUCAUCAUCACUGCUGCAGUCGGGAUCCUAUUACACACUAAACCCGCAUUUGUGAACACUACUUGCGAUUAUAAAUUUCGUUAUCUUCUCCUUGAUAUACUAGCUCGUAUGCCGAUGCAUGAACAUAUGAAGCCUCACGCGUUAUCCGUAAUGAACUUGUUGAUUCAUCUCAUCCGAUCAGAUAAUGCCGAAUCUGUCAACAUCUGCUUCAAACUUGGUGUUGAUUUAUAUCGAUCUUUCAAAACCAUUCUCGAGCCAACUGUGACGCCUUUUUUCAGCACGAUCAUCGAAAUGUACGACAUGGUGCCACAAACCUGUGAGGAGAUAUUCGGUGAUGUCAAAGUGGAUCCAACGCAGUCGGAUGGAUGUACAUCAUCCCCAUCUGAUUCGGGACCAGCUGCGACCGCUGAAGUUUCUACUCCCAAAAGCAUGAUCGAAGGUACAAAGACAAAUCCGAUGAGGAGGGCAGUCUCCGGGACGCCAAAUGCUCCUGGAGGCACGAACCCUGAAUCAAGCUCAACGGAUGUGAUCCCCGGAAUGAAAUCUUUCAAAGCAUUACAGGAAUGUCCAGUUGCGGUCGUCUUCCUUUUGCAAACCUACAAGGUUAUGGUUCAGAAUAUUCUGGCAAGCUUCUUGCCAGUGAUCUUCAAAUUUAUGAAAACUUCACCUUUGCCACAAGUACAAUGGCAUGAAAUCAUUGCCGAACGUGGGCAGGGUCCGUUUGUUGGCAUUGCUCCGGCAAUUAUCAAAGCCGGAAAACGCACGCCUUACAAUGAUUUGGUCGUCGCACAGGUCAAGAUCAUGUCAUUCAUAGCAUAUGUUUUGAGGGCUCAACCAUCGGUCGUCCAACCGUUUGCGCCUGAUAUCCCGGUGAUCGUAAUCAGAAUGUUGAAAGACAUCCCACCAGAAUCCUCACCUUCCCGUCGCGAACUGAUCAUCGCAGCCCGUCAUAUUCUCGGGACUGACAACCGGUCUUACUUUCUACCGUACCUGAAUGACUUAUUGGAUCAUCGCAUCUUCAUAGGAACCGGUGUCACCUCUUUCGAGAGCCUACGGCACCUAGUAUAUAGCACCAUCGCCGAACUUGUUCAGCACACCAAGGCUGACCUCAAGCCAGUUCAAAUCAAUUCAGUAUUGAUAGACUUCAUGAACGUCUUCCACGAUCCUACUACUACCAGUACCACACAAGCUAUGGCCAGUAAAGUGAUAUCAACUCUGGUCGAAUAUGUUGGCUCGCAUAGAUUCGAACCACAAGAAGCUAUUCGAAUAUGUAAAUGGUUAACUGAGUGCUUUGUUCGAAAAUUAGAGGCAAUGGCCGAAACCCGUACAGGUCAGUUGGCAACCUUAAAUUCACGACGUCAGCAACAACUGGUCAACUUGACAUCCAAGGACGCGCUCAUGAAGAUGCAAGACAAGGGCAAACGGAAGGACAACCUAGAUGUGACGGAUAUAACGGAUUAUGAUCGAGCAAUGGCAUCGCUGAACGAUAGGGAACGAAGUGAUUUGGACCGAAUGAUGAUUGAAAGGAUCAAAAUGCUGGGCGUUAUCGUCAAUAAUUUGAAGAAGAUGGAGGCCCCCUUACCCGAUGCAGCACUCUUAGGCCGGUUCUUGAUAUCUGGCCUACGAUGCCUGACUAUAUAUGAUUAUCGACGUGAAUUGAAGGAGGUCAAAGAGAUAGUUGACACCUACAUUCACAUCUUUACUCAAAUUGAUCUCAUCCUAUUCACCGAAAUUGUCGAACCCAACAUCGAAGCUAUCGUUAAUGAACUCCGCAACAACACCGAUCUCAUGGCCUUCCCUCAAUACCUACUUGCCAACCCAGUACUGACUAAAACAUUCAUCGGUAUCACUCUCAGAUAUCUUAUGAAACACUUGGACGAGCUUGGAAGAGACAGACAAUCCGGGGUUAUGGUCCGACUUUUCAAAAUGUGCUUUAUGGCUGUCACAUUGUUUCAAGAUAAUGAGUUGAUAUUGCAACCCCACCUUAGUGAGCUUAUCAUGGAGUCACUAAGAUUGGCUUCUCAAUGCAAUGAACCAGGCCAGUAUUAUUCAGUCUUACGGGCACUGUUUCGGUCAAUCGGUGGCGGCCGAUUUGAGAUUCUCUACAAGGAAGUUUUACCGCUAUUGCAAGUUCUCCUGGAAGAGUUGAACAAACUUCUUCACGCCACGAGUGAUCCCAAAGAGCGAGAUCUUUUCGCGGAACUCUGUUUGACGGUACCAGUCAGGUUGAGUGUACUUUUGCCCUACCUCACUCAUCUUAUGCGUCCCUUGGUUAUCGCGCUUCAAGCUGUCCCGGAUUUAAUUUCUCAAGGUCUUCGUACGCUGGAACUUUGCGUGGACAACCUCACACAAGAUUUCCUCAAUCCCCUGAUGGCUCCAGUUAUGCAUGAAGUGAUGGCGGCCUUAUGGAGACUACUAAAACCUGUCCCAUAUAACUCACAACAUGCCCCUACAGCUAUGCGUAUCUUGGGGAAAUUAGGCGGCCGUAAUCGAAGGAUACUAGGCCCGACUCAGAUCGAAUGGAAACCUAUCAACGGUCCAGAAUGUUACCUUCCUAUCAAGUUGAACGGUCAAGAGCGAAGUCUUACUCUAGCCCCGAUUGUCGAAUUGGCUGCAAAGUUGAUGAAGCGUAAUGAUCCUCACUACCGACGCAAUGCAUUCGAGUUUUUAAAGAACGUCACGCCUAUUUUUCUCACCAUGGGUUAUGGUCUCGGCGAAAGAGAAGAGGUCUUCAUGUCCCUUUUAAAGGGCUUAUUUGAGGCAACUCGUGUAGCGGACUCAGCUGACGACGCACGACAGCACCUGUCACUUCUCUUUGAGCAUAUCUUCACGACCGAAAUCUGGCAAGAUGUUUCUGGACCUCACUUUGAACGAAUGAGGUACUCCUUGACGCUCACGAACGUGGUUAUGGAUGCACUGUUAGACAACCUCACUGCUGCGAUCGAUAAGCAACAUUUUUCAGCCGCUUCUCAGUUCACACUGGAAGUUCUCAAGGAACUUUUUGAGAGAGCCAAGAAGUCUCCACCUCCCCGAGACGAAGUAAUGUUGCUAGCGAAACGUACUCUGUGUUCGAAGGCCAGCUCGUCUUGCUACGAUCACUCUUGGCCUCGAAAAUGUGCCGGUCAUGAGAUCCUUUUGCAUCUAAUAAACAACUUGGACCUAGAAAUGUCGUGGAUCUUUGAUCAUGAGUUGGAGAUCGUUCGGGCACUACUAUUUCUUCACAAGGAUGCACCAUUCCCAUCAGAUAGAUUCUUGCAAGGUCCAACUGAAACGUUCUUGAAGCUUUUGAAGAUCUGUAAUGCUCCGUCAGAAAACGACGACAAGCACGACGCCAAGAGUAAAUUGCCUUAUCUUAUUGGGUUAUUAGUCAUCGAACUCUGUAGCCAAGUCAGUGGUGUACGAUCUGUUGCACAAUCAGCUUUGCAUCUCAUUAGCGAACAGAAAGCAAGACCGAUUUACGAGCUCUUGUUACCUGCUCGCGAACGACUUAUCCCGAUCUUCGGUAAACCAUUGCGAGCUUUGGCAUUUCCCAUGCAAAUCGGGCAUCUCGAUGCUCUGACUUUUUGUAUACGGAUAGAACCUCCACUAUUCGAGUACAACGAUCAAAUGACCCGAUUGCUACAAGAAGCCGUAGGGAUUGCUGAUGCUGAUGAUCUGGCUCUCAUCGGACGAACCAACCAAGCCAAGACUUCUAAAGCUUUGAUCGAGCUAAGGGUGGUUUGCUUACGAUUCUUAGCGGCCUGCCUAAGGCUUCCGGAUAUGAAGGAUCACCCUAAUACAAAAGCCAAGAUUCUAUCAAUUUACUUCCAAUCGCUUUAUGCCAAAACCCCUCAGGUUGUCGAUGCAGCCCAUGCAAGCUUAAAGGAACUGUUGAUUAACGGAGGAAAUAGACUACCAAAGGAUCUCCUACAGAAUGGCUUGCGUCCAGUACUUAAUAAUCUCUCGGACCAUAAAAAGCUCACCUUACCUAGUCUUCGAGGAUUAGCACGAUUAGUUGAAUUGCUCACAAACUAUUUCAAAGUUGAAAUAGGUUCCAAAUUACUUGAGCAUGUAAAACAGCUUUCUGAUCCGUCUACACUUGCGGCUGCUACUUUGGCGUCAUCUCAGGAAGGCGGUACGCUAGAGAUCAUGGCUGGGGCGGUCAAUAUAUUCCAUCUUCUGGCCUGUCCAGCCGCCGGGGUAUACCUGACCGAUUUAGUCUCUAAUGUGGUGCAUGUAGAAACGAUUUUGAAGAAAGUGACAGCAAGUCCGUUUACCAAACCUUUAGGAUUGUAUGUCGACUUAUACCCGGAAUCAACUGCUAGACACUUCUUUCAACACCUGGACGACGAGAGAUACGUUUCGACAUUCAAAUCCAUUCUUCUUAGUGAAUACGCUCCCAGAUUCCGGGCCCAUCUGAGAGCUACAGCUCUCGACUGGCUACAACAGAGUUUUGCACGCGAUGAUCCAUGUGGUUACCAUGCUACAACUAUUUUGCAUCAAUUGGCAAUCAAAGAACCGGACUUUACGGCAAAUUCUGUAGACAUUGUACUUUUGAUCAGUCAGCGAUGGGUAUCAGAAGCUAGAAAGUCGAGGCUCUCAGGCACAAUUACUGAUGCACGAAUAACUCAAAUGAAAGAAGAUUCUAUCUCAUUAGAAAUUAUGAUGUCCUGUAUCAAGAUUAACCCUAUGGCCAACAUUGAUCUUUUGUUCCAUAUGGCCGAUGUACUUGGUGGAGAUAGAUCCAUCGAAUAUUGCUAUAUCACCAGGUUUUACCACGAAAACGUUUUGACUAGCUCGGACUUACCAUACAAGGCAGCAGUGUUGAAUCGAUUCUUAGAUAUCGUGAACAACGCAGAUGUUACCCCCGCUCACAAAACUUCUAUCUUGCGACAUGUGAUUAAUCCAAUGCUUCUACUUGCGUUUACUCGAGGUGAGAAGGAAGCAUCGAUCGUAGACGCCGAGUACAUCACCAAAGUCCAUCGCGUCAUCUGGAGUGCAUUUCUCCCUAAUUUCACCGGCAGGACCUUUGUCACGGACGAUAGAUUGAACAUUGAAAUGCUGCAAAUGGCCAACUUAAUUCUUGAACAUCGACAUCAUCUGGUUGCUGAACAACGAAAAGAGGUUAUCAAGUUUGGAUGGCGUUUUCUGAGUGGCAAAGAUGACCAGAUGGUGACCAACGCUGCUUACAUUUUGAUUGCUAGGUUCUUCGAUGCUUUUGACUCUCCCAUCAAGAUUGUCAGUCAAAUCUUGCUUGGUUUACUCAAACUUCAAACCGGUGAAGCCAAGCAUUUGGUUUGUAAAGCAUUGGAUAUCCUAUUGCCGGCUCUUCCGAGACAGUAUAAAGAUAACCCUACUGAAUGGGUUCGACUUAUCCGCAAGACUUUGAUUGAAGAAGGACAGAACAUUGCUGUCUUGUCAAAUGUGUAUUCCGCUAUCGUCAGAAAACCUGAACCGUUUUACAAUUAUCGAGACAUGCUUGUACCUCAAUUUGCUGCUGCGAUGCAAAGGAUGGCAGUCAGUGGUACUGCCAAUGUAGAAACGCGUGCAUUGGUGGUCGAUAUGGUCGAGGUGAUCAUACGAUGGGAACAACAACGAGCUGAAGGGUUAUUGGUCAAAGAUGAAGACACUCGGAUGGCUGAUCCGACUUCGACAUCGAAAGCUGGGACCACUUUGGCCGUGGAUACCGAGCGAGAUCGACCUCCAACAGCUAAGCGAUUGAAGCUUGAGCGACCAGGCUCCGCGGCACCAUCCAUAGCUGGGUCCGAUCAAGGACCCGGGGUAUAUGUGGUCCCUUACCCAAUUCGAGACGCCAUUGUCACUAUCCUGAUCAGAAUAAUUACUGCGACAAACGAACCUGCCUCAAGAACUUCACUUGUAUCAAAAUCUCUGACAUUGAUGAAAUUGAUAUUGACUGAAGUCUGGCCCGAAGUUGAAGUGAAAUUGAAUUUCUUCCAACGAGCAUUGACGAAUGAAAUCAUCGACACCACAGUUAUGGCUUACUGCAAUACAGCCGAUAUCUUCAAUAUUGUCAUGACGAACAAGAGUGAUGAAUGGCUUCUAAAUAAUCUGUCAAUCAUGCAGACAUUGGUGGAGAAAGGGGUAGCAGCUAAACAACCUGAUAUUCUCAAGAUGCAGCGUAAUCUCUUACAUCGAUUGUUCAGUGUCUUGCCAGUCAAAGAUACGAGUGCUGAAAAUAAAGAGAGCAAAGAAUGCACUGAGCAGGAGCAGCAGGUUGAAAAUGACGUAGCAAACUUUGAACAAUGGGCAACUCGCAUCAUCAAAGACGGUUUCAAGGAGACUCAGACACGCGCGCUAGAAAACUAUACCUCCGCAUUAGCUCUCAUCGAAGCUUGGGAUCAAGCUAAUCCAGCAAAAGUCGAUACCUUCAUUCCUGAAAUAGUUCGAGUCUUUACACGCACAAUACGAGAGCAUCUGACCGUGGCACAAACUGAUAGUGCUCACCAAAUCGUUGAACAAACUAGAUCUUUACUGGAGCGUCUUUGUGAUCUGAUGAAGACUCGAGUGGCGAACUUGAAUGAACAGCGGAGGUGGCUAUUGAGUGGUUUGGUUCAGUUGGUGGAGAAGUCACCUAGUGUAGGGUUGUGUAGAUAUAUACUUCGUCUGCAACGUCGAUGGAUUGAAAACAAGGACGCUUUACCUACGGCAAAAGAGAAAGCUACUAUGCUUUUGAAAACAAUGAGCUAUGAUAUGAAGGGGGACGAGGACUUAUUGAACGAAUAUCUUCAACUCAUUCUGGAUAUCUAUAUGUCUCCAAGCUUUGCCCGUUCUGAAUUUACUGUCCGUCUCGAGCCUGCGUUUUUACUCGGCUGUCGUAGUCGUGAUGCGAUCACAAGGACGAAAUUCAUGGAGGUCUUUGAUAACAGCCUUCGACGAGAACCAUUUCUCAGACUACAUUAUUUGGUCGGAGUUCAGAAUUGGGAACCGCUCGCCGAGGUCAAUUGGAUGCAUCACGCUACUGACUUGUUCAUGGGUGUUAUUGAUGCAGAUCAACCAGCUCUCUUACCAGGUCGAUUGCCUUUACCAACCGGAUCUGAGUCUCGAUUUUUGAAAUGGGCCGAGUCAAUCAAGCUGAAAGACAUCAUUACAACUGCCAAACAAAUUCUUUAUGCCGAUACUAUAGAAACGGAAAAGAUAUGGAUUUCACUGUUCCAAGCCAGUUGGACUACCUUUUCGAAACGAGAACAAGCUGAUAUCUCUCGUUUCUUAGUCACUUUACUUUCCAAAGAAUUCUUAAUCAAACCUGUUGAUAGACGACCUAAUGUUGUGCAGAUCUUACUUGGCGGUGUACGUGCUUGUAAUCCUACGCCAAUUCUUCCACCUCAUCUUGUUAGGUAUCUGGCUAAGACAUAUUCAGCAUGGCAUAUUGCUAUUGAGCAUCUUCAAGAAAUGUCAGAAGAGUUGGUUGACGACGAAGUGACUCGGGAGACAGUGAGUGAUGCGCUAGCUCAACUGUACGCCGAAUUGGGCGAGACAGACAUUUUCUAUGGCCAAUGGCGACGGAAAGCUCUUUGCGUCGAAACCAAUGCAGCAAUGUCUUAUGAGCAAAUUGGAGAAUGGACACUUGCUGAACAAGCCUAUGAAGAAGCACAAGAUAGAGCACGUUCAAAUUUGAUCACAUUCGGCAAAGGAGAAUAUAGCUUGUGGGAGGAUCAUUGGGUUCUAUGUGCUCAAAAAAUGCAACAGGUUCCCUUCGAUGAACAACAGUGGGACUUUUUGAGCGAUUUAGCAAGAGCAGAACAAAAUAGCGAGCUCUUGCUUGAAUGCCAGUGGCGACAACCUGAUUGGGAUACGGAGCAUGCAAACGUACAACUGGCACUCGAUGCUACACCUGGGCAAAGUAUUCGAAAAAACACGCUUCAAGCAUAUCUUACGUUGAUGAAGAAUCAUACUGGUGUAACACUCGAUGAGAACAAAGUACAAUUCACGCGUCUCUGUGAUGAGGCAAUUCAGCUGGCGCUUCAUCAAUGGUACCAACUUCCAGAAAUCGUGACCGAGGCUCAUAUACCAUUGAUGCAAUCCUUUCAACAAUUUGUCGAGCUUCAAGAAGCUGCUCAAAUCUUUACCAGUUUACAAACGACCAGUAGUCAAAAUCUAGAUACCCGGUCAGCCGAUCUGAAACAUGUUCUCAACACCUGGCGGGAACGUCUUCCCAAUCCUUGGGAUGAUAUCAAUAUCUGGAGCGAUUUGGUCGCGUGGCGUCAACAUGUCUUCUCAGCUAUCAAUAGAUCUUAUAUACCCUUGGUUUCACAAAGUCAAGGCGCUAAUGCGGCAUCGUACGCCUUUAGAGGCUACCAUGAGACAGCUUGGAUCAUCAACCAAUUUGCUCAUGUGGCUCGCAAACAUCAAUUACAGGCUGUUUGUAUCGCUUCUCUCAAUAAGAUUUACACGCUACCUAAUAUCGAGAUUCGAGAAGCAUUCUUGAAACUUCGGGAGCAGGGAAAAUGUCAUUACCAGCAUCCAGCCGAAUGGGCGCACGGUCUUGAGACCAUCAGUAACACCAAUCUGAUGUAUUUUACAGCUGGUCAGAAAGCGGAAUUCCAUACGCUCAAAGCUAUGUUCCUUGCCCGUCUGAAUCUUCACGAGGAAGCGCAAAAGGUAUUCAAUCAGGCUGUCGGAUCAGAGUUUCAAUUUGGGAAAUCGUGGGCAGAAUGGGGAGCUUAUCAGGAUCGAUUGUUUGAUGAGCAGCCCCAUGCAAUGCAUCUGGCAGCUGGUGCUGUCAGUUGCUACCUUCAAGCUUCAGGUUUAUACAAGAACGGUAAAGUAAGACGUUUGUUAAUCAGAAUCUUAUGGCUUUUGAGUUUGGACGAUGCGGCUGGGACAAUCGGAAAGGCUUUCGAGGCAUUCAAAGGAGACAUACCGAUAUGGCACUGGGCUUAUUUCAUACCUCAAUUGCUCACAUGUCUCUCGGCUCCGCGUGAAGCUCGUUAUGCAAAAGCGCUGCUUACUAAGAUCGCCAAGUCUCAUCCACAGGCACUAUUUUUCCACAUCCGAACUGUGAUCGAUGAACUGAGCGUUACGAGGCAGAGAGUGCUCAAUGCGCAAAGAGCUUCCAUGGCAGCCAGUCCAGCUAUUCCAUCUGAAAGUAUGCAACACGUUCACAGCGGUCAAAUACCGGUUGAAGGACAACCUCCACAAGUAGCGGGACUUGCGAACCCUAUCUACGCAUCUACCAAUGUACCGAGUGCCACUAUAGCUAUUCCUAUGGCCUUUGAGCACGUGGAUGAAAUUCUUGGCGCCUUGAAAACUCAGUUCCCACUUUUGGCCUUAUCUAUGGAGAUGCUCGUCGAUCAACUAUAUCAACGAUUCAAACCUACUCCCGAAGAAGAGAUCCAUAAGCUAAUCACUGCGCUACUUCAAGACGCGUUGUCGAUGUAUGUAGAACGGGCAAAGGAUACGAAUGAUGACUUGCAUCUUCCUGAGGGGACAAAAGCUCAAUUGGCCAAAUUAUCAGAAAAUUUAGCAAAGAUGCCCUUACAACCUAUGUUCCAUCGCGAAUUUAUCGAAUGCAAUCUGACGAUCCCGACCUAUGUUCAUAAAUUGCAAGAAUGGAGAAAUAAGUAUGAGAUCAAUCUUGAUAGGAAAUUCCGUAAAUCAGCUCUUGAGAACGCGAGUCAUUGGAUGGUCGAGUUUCAAUAUCAGAAGUUUGAUGAGAUCGAAGUUCCUGGUCAAUAUAUCAAGCUGACACCAAUGUUUCCUUACCUUCAGCGAUAUAACGAGGAUAACAACAACCACUUUGUGAAGAUUCUGCGAUUUUCGACUACAUAUGGUGCUCAGAAACACAAGGAUGUUUGGCAUCGACGGAUAACUAUGAUUGGACAUGACGCCAGUAAACACACUUUCAUCAUACAACUGCCGCUGCCAAGAGCGAGUCGCAGGGAAGAAAGGGUGAUGCAGUGUUUCCGUAUGCUGAAUUGCCCUCUCUCACGUAAAAAAGCAAGUCGAAGUCGUGAUAUAUCUUUCACCAUUCCGGUUGUGGUUCCAUUUGCUGCAAACGUUCGGAUCGUGGAAAGCGAUCCAGCUCAUUGCAGUCUUCAAGACAUAUACGAAGCACAUUGUACCGAAGCUGGCUUCGCUAAAGAUGAUCCGAUCGUAGCCUAUGUCGAGCGGAUGAGAUCUUUGGCAUUUGACCGAGUCGAUGGAGUGGAUUCGACUGCUACUAAAUUGGAGAUAGCGGAUGAAAUUUCUGCCAAACUGAUACCAGAUUGUCUAUUGAAGAACUACAUGUCACGAAGUAUGAAGACUGCAGGGGAUCUUUGGUACUUCCGAAAACGGGCAACCAUCGAAUUUGCCAGUUUUGUCUUCAUGACUUACAUCUUUAGUAUGAGCGAGCGGACGCCGAACCGUAUUUACUUCAAUCGAUCUUCUGGUCAAAUUCACACCACACAUAUGUGUCCAACCUUAUCAAAAGAUCAAGCCGAAUUCUCUAAUCCUGAGCCGGUUCCAUUUCGCUUUACUCCGAACAUUCAAAGAUUCUUAACACGACCGAACAUCGAAGGAUUGCUGACUGGAAGCAUUAUAGCAAUAGGACAAGCGUUGACAGAUAAUCACGAGGACCUCGAACACCGAUUGUCAAUCUUUGUCCGUGAUGAGAUCGUGGCCUGGAAUAUGAUGCGACAAAUCAAAUUAGCUCCUGAUGAUCCUAAAUUGAUGAUGACCGUGAAACAAAAUUUACAAAGCGUGAUCAAGCGAGCGCGACUGUUGAGUUGUGAAAUGGAAAGAAUGACGAUCGAUCCACAUAACCCACAACCCGUUUGUCAGACUGUAACAGAAUUGAUCAAUACAGCUACAAGUUUACCAAAAUUAUAUAGUAUGCAUCCAUCUUGGAUGCCAUGGUUAUAAAUCUAAACCAUAAAAUGAUGGGCAAAGAAAAAAGGAGAGAUUGUGUUUCUUGAGAUCUUGUAUCUUGAAAAUAAGUGUUGUACAUCAACUAGUUUUUGUUCUAUAUAUAUAUAUAUUUGAAUUUUUUAUCAAAUGUUUUUUAGUAAUCCUUUGGUUUUGUUUUAAAUAAUUAGUUUACUUAUCUGGUUUCUUAUGAAAAAAAUAUUUUGGGUUUGCUACUUG